AUGGAGCGCCUAAUUGCUCGCGGUGAGCUUCAACAGGGAGCAGCCGACAUCCUCGCCAGCGACCGCCUGCACCCGCGCUCCCCAGCUGCGCGAGGGAGGGCAAACCGUCGCCGCCAAGAUGAACGCAAGCGCGACGAGAAUGUUCGUCGUGCGUGGCUCGCACUCGAGAAGGAGCCGCGCAUCCUGAACGCCAUCGUGAAACACGCCUUUCCCGCGACACUCAUCAGCCUCAGGCUUGUGUCUCGCCCCCUCAAGCAUGCCGCCGACGGUUGCCUCGCCAAACACAUUGUCUUCUCUGACGAUGGCGACCGACGUUCUACCUUGUGCCGUCUUUGGUGCGACGACUGGGCGCCCUCUCCCUUGGUUCGUGUCCUCGACAUUGUGUGCAACAAGCCACAAGGCAUACCCGUCGAUCUGCUCCGACACCCAGAUGAGCCCAAGCGCCGCCGACUCUUUCCUAGCCUGAGGAUUGCACGGGUCAUCGGACACCCCGACGCCUGGCCGGCAGCGUCUCGGCAGAGGGUUCCAACCGUGAUAGUGCCUCACGUACCUUCGGCAAUCGAGGGCAGAUUCACCAUCAACGUUCCCCGCGGCUGUGAACGCAUUGUUGUCGUGACGUCCCUGGAACGACGCACGGAGCGCCCCGACGGCUUCCUGAUCAAGAUGGCUGGAAGUCGGAAAGGGGAUGAAGCACCGGAGCUCGAGCUCUGCUUCCUUCCCGGGGUGGAGAGGAAUUCCGGAACAAUGGAUGAGGCCAGUCUGGUCCAAAUGAUUCAGAAGCUGCUGUCCUCUGGAAUCCGCGGUCUGAAGGAGGGAACCGUCGAUCGUGUGACGCUCGUUGGACUCACAGCACGGAAGGGCGCUCUCAAGAAGGGUUGCGCUUUAAUAAACGAGCAGCUGCGAGGCCUCGGCAUACUGAACAGUUUCGAUUACGAGACGAGGGAAGACUGGGCACGCAGGUCAGGAACGCAGUUUGUCGAACUUGUGCGUGGAGCACACGCUCAUCAGAAGGCUUGGAAGGAGGGUCUGGAACGCGUCGCCUUUCUCGAGAACGAGGGCGAACUGCAUUCGAGGAAGCGGAGCAGGAAGAGUUGA